AUGGCAAAAGGAUCAUCAUCCAGACUCAAACCUGUACAGCGAUCCGAAGAGGUAGAAGACGAUUAUCUUGAAAGCGAUGAUGAAGUAGAUGAAUUUGCUGAAGAUUACGAUUCUUCCCUUGAAGGAGCAGGAAAUGGUGAAGAUCUUUUAGAUCCGAACUCGGAGGAGGAAGAAGGAGAAGAGGGGAAGGGAAGAUGGGAAGCUGAUAAUUGGAAUGAAGAUCAAGAUGAUAAUACUGAUAGUGAUAGUGAUAGUGAUAGUGAUGUCAGUGGUAGCGAUGGGGAAAGUGGGAGUGAUGAUGAAGAAGAUUUAAAAUUGAAACGUUUACAAAAUGAUCUGACAUCCCUUCCAUUAUCAACCCUCGCCAAAGCCCAGAAAUCAAUAUCGAAACAACGUUCAUCAUCAUCAUCAUCUUCUGGAACUGGGUCAAGCAAGGAAGAUCGACUUUUAGCAGCUAAAGCGAAAUUAGCUCAAUUACAAAAAGGUAAAGGGAAAGCAAUUACCAUUGACCCAUACUCUCAAUCUACCAAAUCAAGAGAUGGCAAUCGCGGUAAUCAGAAUGGGACUGAGGAUGGUGGUGGUAGUGAUAGCGAUAGUGGACCUGAAACUGGGUCUACGAAAAGAGGGAGUAAGCAUGCUCCAGUAGCUAUGAGUACGAAGAAACAAGUUUCGAGGAGUAGAAAAGUCGUUGAUACACAUAAACCUGACCGCCGUGACCCUCGAUUCUCAUCUGUAUCAGCAGGAAAUCUCGAUGCCCAUCUACAUUCACAGUCAUAUUCAUUCAUCCCUUCUUUACUGAAAGAAGAAUUAUCAUCUUUAAAAAAAUCUUUGUCUGUAGCUAUGAAGUUGGAGAGAACUUGUCCAUGGGCCGAAAAACCUCAACGUACAGCUGAAAGAGAAGAGAUCGAAUUGAAGUUAGGUCAAGUUCGUACAAAGCUCGUCAGGACAGAAAGGGAGAAUAGAGAAAGAGACGUUUUGGCUAAAUUUAAGAAAGAAGAAAGAGGGAAGAGAGAAGAAGGUAAAGGUGCUUGGUAUAUGAAGAAUAGCGAGAAACGUGAUUUAUUACUUAAAUCCAAAUUCGAAUCUCUGGAAAAACAAGGUGGCAAAUCUGCCGUCAAGAAAGCGAUGGAAAAGAAACGUAAGAAGAUCGCUAGCAAGGAGAAGAAAAGUAGACCUUUCGCUCGAGGUCAAGGUGAUUCAGGAGGUGGCGGAGAUAGGAAGAGGCAGAGGGUAUGA